AUAUGUGUUAGAGCACUUGUCUCGUAUUUGCCGAAUCUUACGCCAGCCAGGUGGCAACGGACUACUGAUUGGGGUCGGAGGCAGCGGUCGACAAUCCUUGACACGUUUGGCUUCCUUCAUGGCAGGACACAAACUGUUUCAGCCAGAAAUCUCUAAAAACUAUGGUUUGACAGAAUGGAGAGAAGAUAUUAAG